UCAACCACCACUGCCACGUCCUGGGCAGUUGCCUUCAUCGCCGCCAUCGCCGUCUUCCACGUCGCCGCCGCCCCUCGCUCUCAUCGUUGCUGACGAUGGUCCAGACCCGAUCCUCUGAUACCCUUCCGAGAGGGCCAGAGGGCCUCGACGCUCAUAGUUUCCAGCAUGACAACGAGCAGGCGAACAAAAUCAUUCACAUGCAGCACAGGGAGGCACUGAGACUUGCUCUGGGAAGCAUUCUCUCACCUAAACGCCCGCCGAACUCACGCUCGACGUCUGGCACCGCGAGCCCUGCGCAUAUGUACUACAGCACCCAUCCGCAUUCACCAUACCCGCCGCCGCCGCCGAAUUCGACCCCAUCGCAAGCAGAGUCGACAAGCCACUUUCUUCUGCCUCCGCAAGGACACCUUAUCUCUCACUCACAUACGCCUUCGCGUUUGUGCCAAUCGGACUCGGCGACAGAUUAUAUCUCGUCAUCCCAGCCGUCACCCCGCAGUAGCCCCGGUCCAGACUCCCCGCUUGGGCCGCCAAGUCCUACGAAUACCGGUUCGCCAGCUAUUCAUGCGCCAGCUCCUGGAACGGGUACUCCCAACAAGGCUAAGUUUAUUGAGACGCUGCAGUCAAAGAGCGCGUGGGACGCGUUGAUUCAUGGUCCGUUCUCUUAAGGUUAGUAGUUAGGUCUUGUGUUUUAUGUAUUCUAUGUGUAUUGCAUUGUUAUCGUAAAGGCUAGAAAUAAUAUAGAUUUCUAGCUGUUUAUACU